GCAUGCGCCCUUCGCUCGUUGGCCCAUGGCGGCCAUCUUGAAGAGGGAGCAGUUGCCCCUACGACUGCUGCCGAGGUUUUGGACAAUUUUCCCCUUCAGGAGAAAACGUUCGGGGGUCUAUCACAGAUCCAAUUGUGUAGGAGGUAGCCAGGGUCACACAGGGCAAGUUUCACUGUUAUUGCUUCUUAUUUUCCCGGCGAAACACACUUUAUUUUGCGUAGACUCGCGGAGUAAAUCUUUGUCAUCUGGAAAGCCACCAUGCUUUCCUUGGGGGUACUGCAGGCCUGCCAUUGAUAUGAAUCUUCCUCCAUAUGAAACUUAUCUCAGCGUGUCUUAGCUGAAGCAGUGUUGAUUUUUCACAUUCCCAGGGCAGUUAGGGUAGUGCUGGUGUUAAGGGGGCAUCAUGUCAAGAUUCUAAACUGCAUUUUUCAUUGAAAAACACAUUGUCAAGUCAGUCAUAAUUGUCAACCCCGCAAACUACAAAGCACCUUUCAUUGUUGUGAACGGACGCCAUGGCUCAGAAAAAGUCGACUGAACCUGUGGUUCAAACAGCGAGUAGUACUGGACUGACUGACCUCGGCAUUCCCGGAGGCGAACAGUUGCGAGAAGCUCUCUCCACGUGCACGGAUCCGAUCCGCGCCAUCCAGGAGUUCCAAGAUGAGAACAGCAUCCUCCUGCCAUCUCUAAAACCCGCCCUGCCGCUACUGGACCUGCACAGCGUGAACCGGUUUGACUUCCACGGGUCCAUGGUGGAGAGGCUGAAGGAUCGCCUGAUGCAGCAAGUCUCCAGCCUUGUCUCAGAGAAAGACACGGAUGCCGAGAGCAAAGCGAAACUGGAAGCGAUGCUGGAGAAGUGUUUCCUGACGAUAAAGAACCCCACGCUGCGACCAGUGGUCAUGCACGUGAUGAAACACAUCAACAACAUCCCAGAAGACUACCUGAAGAAGCUGCUAGAAGACCCGAACCUGUACAAGGAGAGCGCCACAGAAGUCAAGAGACAGAUCUGGAGAAAUAACCAGUCUCUGUUUGGAGAUGAGGUAUCUCCACUGCUGAGUCAGUACAUUAAGGAGAAGGACACGUUACUGUUCAGUCUGGAACCUGCCAACUCCAACAACUUCUUCACACCUGCACCAAAGUCACGCAGACAGGGGGAGGUAGUUCAGAAGCUGAUGCACAUGAUAGGCCGGGAUGUGAAGCUGUACGACAUGGUCCUACAGUUCCUACGGACGCUGUUCCUUCGCACGAGAAACGUUCACUACUGUACGCUGAGAGCUGAACUGCUUAUGGCACUACACGACACAGAGGUGCAUGAGAUCUGUUCAGUUGACCCCUGCCACAAGUUCACCUGGUGUCUGGACGCCUGCAUCCGAGAGCGCUUCAUUGACGCCAAGCGGGCACGAGAGCUGCAGGGCUUCCUGGACGGGGUCAAGCGAGGUCAGGAGCAGGUGCUGGGUGACCUGUCCAUGAUCCUGUGUGACCCGUACGCUGUGAACACCGUCGCCUCCAGCAGUCUGAAGGUCCUGCAGCAUCUGGUGGCACAGGAGUCUCUACCCAGGGAUAGCCCAGAGCUGUCCCUGCUGCUGCGUAUGUUGUCCCUCGGACUGGGAGCCUGGGAAAUGAUUGACAGCCAGGUCUUCAAGGAACCUAAGCCUGACAAUGAAGUCAUCACCAAGUUCCUUCCAGCCCUGAUGGGCCUCAUGGUGGAGGACCAAGUCCGACUCGUCACCAAAAAACUCACAGAGAAACACAAAAACAGCUCGAUUCCAAAAACCUUCACCAAGUCCAUCCGCCAGCAUGGCAUCGCCGCCAUCCUCACGCUGUAUUACCUGUACAACGUCACCAAGCACCGCAACAAGGACGCCAUCACGCACAUCAUACCAAAGAUGACAGACACUCACAAUGACUUGUCCUUAGAAGACCCGUUCGUGCACCUCCUGGUGUCUCUGCUCAUCAGCAUGGCGGAUGACUUCUCGUCAGAGGAUUUCUGCACGGCAGUUUUUGAUAACUUUUUCCUGGUGGUUGCGUCGAGAGAGGGCGUGCGGAGACACCUGCUGAGACUGCUGUGGUUCCUCCAUCCCAAACUCCCCACAUCCAGACUCACCAAACUGCAGACACAACUGGAACCUACAAAAGAGCAUUCAGAGGCGGUGCACAAGCAGUUCAGUGCCUUGGCUGACAAGAUCAACUCCUACACCCCGAGUCCUGCCCACGACUCCCCUGCUCUGGAGUCUCCUCUCAUGAGUGUGCCAACCCCAGCUCCGCUAUAGUACUCCAUUCAACACUCAUUCAUGUACAGUAAUCUCUAAGCAGAUCCUAGGGUG